AUGGCUGGCGGAGGGUGGUGGGAAGAACGAUUCGGAGGAGUCGGAUCACUCAGAGAACGGGACGGCGAAGACCCCACGUGGGAAUUUCCGGGGCAGAUUACCCCUACCUCAUCUGAUGGCGAAUAUUCAGGAGAUAAUGCCACAAUUGGACCUGCAAAAGGGAAACAAGCAACGAAAAUGAAGGCUAAUGAUUCCGGUUACGAAACAGUUAAACGUGUGGUUAGAGUAGAUGAUUAUGAUGAGAUUUACACUGAAUCCUCGGUGACUGGUCCUGCCGUUUUCAAAAAAGUCAUUGUUCCCUCGAUCGAGAAGUUAAAAAGGAAAGCACCUUCCCAGAAAGCCGUGUUUACUUUGGAUGUCUUGAAAAAGGCUUUUGAGGAUUGUGAAAGAGAAAAUCCGGGAAUAUCCGAACAAAUUAUGCAUGCAGUAUUUAAAAGAUACGACGAUGUGAAUCCUUGA